GUUGUUUGGGAUUCAGCUUCCGUGCUGUUAGCUUACUUGCUUGGAAGUUCCUGGUGGUUGCAGUCAAAGGUUUUGCCAUGGCAUCGCGGGCCGGACCGAGAGUAGAAGGUACAGACGGAAGUGACUUUCAGCACCGGGAACGCGUGGCCUCACACUAUCAGAUGAGUGUGGCACUGAAAUCAGAAAUCCGAAAGCUGAACCUGGCUCACGUUGUGCUGUGGGCAUUAGUUUCAGCCCAGGUGGUGGUGAGCCAGCUGAAUUUGCUCUCCCACAAACUGGUGGCCAGCCCCUACCAGUGGGAGUACCCGUACCUGCUGAGCAUCAUUCCCACCGCACUGAGCUUCAUGGCGCUGCCGAGGAACACCAUCGGUUACCUGGCCGUGUCCAUGAUCGGCGCCGGGCUGUUUUGCAUCGCGCCCAUAAUCUAUGGUGCCAUGGAGAUGUUCCCCGUGGCGCAGCAGCUGUACCGGCACGGCAAAGCGUACCGCUUCAUCUUCGGCUUUUCUGCCGUCUCCGUCCUCUACCUGCUCAUAGUGGUGGCGGUGCAGGUCCACGCCUGGCAGAUCUACUACAGCAAGAAGCUCCUGGAUGCCUGGUUCACCACCACCACACAGGACAAGAAGAAGAAAUGAAAGCAAAAUAAUAAUUAUUAUUUUUUAAAUGCACAAGUACGACUUCGAACGAUAUUCGUUUCCUUCAAGGAUGACCUGAGUAAUUGUUCUCAUUGGUUUGAGAUAAUGAGGGAUCGUGCAGAACGGUCUGAACUUGUGAAGCUAAGCUGUCUUGUUCCCCCUGAUCAGAUUCGGAUUUGUUUUCAAAAAGUGUUACCUUUUUAAGCGUCACAACUCCGCCGGCUGAAAAAAAUGAACAUUUCUACUGUACCAUGUGAUCUCUUCGUCCGUUUCUUCUACUCGGAUACUAAACGAUACAACCUUGCUAAAGCCAUGACUCGGAGAGGUCUGUGUUAGUCACGUUCAUCCGGGGGGGUGAGGACCAGAAAUUUAUAUUGUAAUUUAAGGGAAAAAUAAAGUUGGGAUUAAAAAAAAAUAAAAAGUGAAAAGAGA